AUGGUCGACUUUGGCGCUUCCAGAAAGACUCUGCUUACAGGAUUUAUAUUGCUGGCAUACUCGGACAUUCUAAAUAGUAGGACAUACGACCUUGUUGGAGUGGACCAAGGAUACACAACCUUCAAGGGCUACCACUACAAUGCCGAGAAAGACAUGUAUGAUGAAGUGUUCAGCUACAAACACAAGGAAAAGAUUCACCUGGUUAUCCCCGGAGACUUUACUGGCACUGGAAGUGUAAGCUAUGUCCUUGUCACAAAGAAGGGCCCUGGGGAGUUUGACAGCUACAUUUACUUCCGAGAUCACGAUGAAUCAAAACAUCUUGGAGAGUCGACUAGCGCCCCGCUGCUUUAUGCCUGCCCAGAAGACCUGCGCCCACAGCUUCUCAUGCAAUGCAGCAGUGGACUUAAAAAGGUUAGAGUUGAUGAGGACAGAAAUGUAAUCAAGGAGCCUGUCGAUGAGUACGGAAAGCUGCACCGAGACCACACAUCUGCGUUUGUUGAGCUUGAUGGAAGUAUGAAGGCAUGUCUCUGCCUUGUUGUUGACGAUGGAAACGGAGGAAAGCUUCUGAGGGUUCUAAGCAAUAGAAACGGAGAGUUUGUGAAUUACUUUGAAAUGAGCCUACCCAACGAAAUAGGCCCCAUUGUCUUUGGUGACUUCAACGGAAAUGGAAUGAAUGAUAUGGCAUUUGUCCAAAAGAGCGGGGAAAAGUAUCUUCUGAAGAUAUACUUCAACUCAACCUCCAGAGUCAACAGGCGAAGAAGAAGGCUCCUUGGAGGAUUUCUUCCACACCAAGUCGACAGCACGGUGUUUUCAGAAGGGGACAUGAAAGUUGUGGAUCUAAGCGAAGAGUUUCCAAACUGCACUCCAGUACUAAAGUCGGACGACCACUUCGAGGGUCUUCCUUACGGAAUAUUCAAUGCAGACCUUAGGGCAAAGGGAAGGCUAGACUUCUUCAUUGUGAUGAAGGAUAUGGACAGCAUCACAAGGAUCGGCGUUCUUGAGAACAACUCUGUUCCAGAUGACAUCCAGCUCGAAAAGGCAGAGUAUCAUGAGGACCUCUUCAGGCUCAAGAACGUUAUCUCCAUAAGCUGCUGUGAUUACAAUAAUAAGGGCCGAGAGGCGGUGUUUUUGAACAGGGUUGUGGACAACGAUGCAGUUGUGGAGGCCUACCGAAACGACCUAUCGAAGGAGAACCUCAAGCUCAGUCUGUCCACCAUCCAUCCAGAGAACCAAAAGUACGGGUCUGUUGUCCCGGGGGUAUCGUACCUUGUGUCCUAUGGAGACGGGGAAAGGAUCAUCAUUUCCAACCAGGUGCCAUAUAGUACGUUUGUCCAUCUGAAGCACCAUGUGGCAUACAUAGGGCUGGGAACAAUAAAUCUCAUAGUUGACAGCCUGAUGAUAGGAACGCCUGGAAAGAGCGGGAGUCCAUAUGCCGGGCCUUAUGUAAUUGACUCGAUAGCCAUUCCGAAUACAGAUCUGGUUGUGUAUUUGGGAAAGAACGAAAAAUACACUGUGGAGGCACACUUUAUCGUCGGAGACCACUUCAGAACCAUCAUCGGCACACUUCUUGUGGUUGCAGGAGUAAACCUUGCCUUCAUACUUCUACUACAGUACAGGGACAGAAGGAGGAUUAUAAGGGCCAAGAACAUGGACAAGCUUCAUCCACUGUUCUCGACGCUACAGUAA